AUGACGCCAAAUGAUGUCUUCGCAAACGUAGCCUACGAUGGGAUUUUGGGCCUCGGGUUCCCUAAAUGGGCAGUGAAAGAUACUGUUACUGUUUUAGAGAACAUCGAUAGACAAAAGCCGAUAAAAAGAAAGAUCUUCUCUUUUUGGCUGACAUCAAAUGGUGGGGUACUCAUGUUCGGUGGAUACAACCAGGAGCAUAUCCAAGAAGACCAUACGUAUGUCCCUGUGAUAACAAGGCCGAACAAAGAUUUCUGGAAGAUCCGAAUGAGUACAAUUCUCAUUGGUCAAGAACCAACCGAACACUGUGUUCCACACUGCACAGCAAUUAUUGACUCGGGGACGACGGAUAUUAUAGGUCCCCAAGCGGCUAUAAAGGAUAUAAAUUUAGCAGUUGGAGCAUUCGGUAAUGGUGGCGUAGUUCCUUGCUCCACGGUCGAUAAAUUGCCCAUAAUAACAUUUACAAUUGGGAAAAAGGCUUUCCCACUCGGCCCACGUGAGUACAUAGCUGAAGACAACAGCAUAUGUUUCACGAGAUUUGUGCCGGAUAGUGGUAGCCGCUGGUUCCUAGGUAUAGCAUUUAUGAGGAGGUAUCACACUGUGUUCGAUUUUGAAGACAUGAAGACCUCGGAUAGGAUUUGCAACUGCAGCAGUAGCAUAACUGCAUAA